AUGGCCACUGACACUGGCAUAUUCCCUGCUGCUAACGAGAAUGGAGAAUCAUUUACUGAAACCACGAAUUCAAGGGCCAGUGUCCACCUGACAGUCAUCCACAACAGAAAGCGUUAUCCCCUCGAACUUAGCCCUGAUCUAACAGUCCGUGAUCUAAAGCUGCAACUUGAAGCUCUUACCAAUGUGCCGGCUGACAUGCAAAAACUGAUAUUUCAGGGCAUACUACAGGACGAAACCACACUGUCCGAACUUAAAUUGCCCUCCAGUGGUGUCAAAAUCAUGCUUAUCGGCAGUGAAAGGUCUGCGACAGACAAGAUUCGUAAUCAGGUUGCAGUAAGCGCAACGCCCGAGAAGACAGAGGAUGACACUUCUGCUGCUGAAAACUGGUCAACCACAGCAGAACACAGGCGCGUUUUAACGAGCUACGGUAAACCAGAAGAUGCCAUCGUUGGUUUCAGUGUUUCUGAGGUGCUUCCAGACGAUCAGACACUCGUGGGCCUUCAUGACAAACGUGGUCGGGCAUUGCGCCUUCGAUUUAAGGCGGAGACCCAUGAGCUUUGGCUCGCGACUACUUCAGCCACUCACAAGAUUCCCCUAUCGACCAUUCAAGCGGUCGACCACCAGCCCAUCGUUGAUGAUCCCGGUUAUCACAUUAUGGCCUUCCAACUCGGUCCGACCAUAAAGUCACGCUUUUUCGUUUAUUGGGUACCUGCACAGUACGUGGAGUCUAUCAAAACAAAAGCUCUGCAACACAAGUGCCAGCAACGAAAACCACCUUAA